ACCGCGCGUGAGAGCCAGCUCGUGCCGUGGAAUCCCCGGGCCGCAGUUGUUAGCGACCCAGCUGCUGCUCCUACUUGCACCAUGCUAGCUGGUCUCCGCCGCAGCGGGCUCGUCCUGCUGCUUCUUGUGAGUCUAGCUGCCGGCCGCAGGGUCGCCCGCGCCGAGAGUGACGACGAUGACGAGGAGGAACAGCCGUGGAUGAGCGAGCCCGGCGAGAUUCGCCGUCACCGUGACCCCAAGCCGGCGCCGGAGACCAGUGGUCCCUCGGGCUACAGCUACGAUGAUCAAGAUCAAACAGCACCCAGGGCCGAAUGCGAGGUGGACAGCUUCCGGAGGGGGCAGUCCGAGUGCGACCGCAUCUUGCGAAUGAAUCUGCCUCACCACUACGGCAGUCACGAUUACGUUUGCUACGCCCUCCGCAAGUACAAGAUGUGCGUCGCCAGUGUGAUGAUCCAGUCGAGCUGCUACGAAAGGACAUUCAUAUCUCAAGAGCUCCACAAGAUUCGUGGCAUCAUACAGGGCUACAGUGUUGACUGCUAUAACAUAACUAAAGAAACCAACAGGCGAGGCUUGAAAGUCCGGCGCCUCCGCUUCCGCAUGGCAAAGGUGAAGCUUUCAGCGGAGUGUAGCCCGGCAACAGCAUGGGCCGUGGAGCUCACCUGCACAAAGGACUUCGAGUCUGACAUGAAGGCCCUCGGUCAAUUGAACGAGCCGUCCAAGGCAAUCAAAAAGUCUUGCAGAACCAUUCUUCGCUACUACCACUGUUUGACACCUGUCACCGAAUCGGCUAGUUGCCAAAAAAAUCCUGAAUUCAUCAAACAUCUGGAGUAUUUCCCAAAAGCCAUCACCGCCCGGUACAAGGAAGUGUGCCUCAAGGAGCUUGACAUCAGUCCAUCUCUCUUCAAGGAAAAAGUGAACACAUCAAUGGCGGCCGUGCUUGCGAGUCAGGACAACUGCAAAGAGGAACAGGCAUCUCGAGAAUUCCUGGCAUGCGCCUUGGUGUUCAACGAAGUCGUAGCACACACACAGGAUCAGUUCCGACAGUGCGAAGCUUACCGAAACUUCAUUCAGUGUUCGAGAACAAUUGCCCAAACACUCAACUGUGGAGAAAGCUCUGAGUUCAGCCAUCACGCCCAAAACGUGUUGGGUGUCCUUCUUCACGACUACCAGGAUGGAUGCAAGCACAACAAACGCAGCAGGGUCGGUGGAGAGAAAGCUGGCACCGCAGCAGACAACAAUGGCGGCACGCGUAACGACGGCGGCCCGCACCUGUCCGAAAACAAACCGGAUGCCAGACACGCCGAACCGACAUCGCAACCGCCGCAACACGAAGGCGGCCCCACACGCCGCAGGUUCUUCAAGCACACAGAUCAAGUUUUCAAAGUGACCACCGAGAACCCGUUCUACCCUCCAAUUCGCAAGAUGCCACUUGAGCCGCGCAUUCCUCAAGCCGAGGACUACCCGAGAAGCCACGACGACGACUCGUCGCAGUUGGAGAGAAAGCGGCCCGAGCCACGACGUGACUACGACGACCCUCCCAAUCGCGAGAGCAGGCGCGGCAAGUUCGCCAGGAAAGGAGGCGCACAUCACGGCGGCUACGAGGGCGGCGGUAGUGACGCCGGACAAGGUACCGUCCGCAAGGGCGGCUUCAAGGGAUCCCGCGGAGAAGGCCGCCGCAAUCGGCUCAACUGGGGUACCAAGAGGGACGACCAAGACAAGGGCAGACGGCUACCCAGCUGACCCCAACGAUGGCUUCCUCGAGGACUCCGACGAGGGAGAAGGAAUGAGCCGACGCAAGAAAAAGCUGCGCGAGCAGCGCUGAAAAACUUCCCUCCCACCUACUCACCCUUUUCUCUCUUUUCUCUACGUUCUUUCUCCUUUUUUCUGCGUCAUGUAGUCUUGUACAUCACUUCAGUUGACAGUGCAUAAAAGUGCA